GAUAUAUAGACACAUUUUAUUUAGUGAGAUAUCCUACUUUACAGUUUACACAAAGCGGAGAAUUCUAUGUCCAUUCCCGAAAUUAAGCUUGCGAGCCCUCAAGUUCAAGAAGGCUUGAUGCAUCCCUGUGAAUUUAUUCAGCGUACUUCUUUACGACAGGAAGAAUGCAUGCGCAUGAAUCGUAUUCGUACCACACAUGGCCUGGGGGCCGCCAUAGACGUGGGGCUUACCGAGGCAACCCUUCUUGGUUCUCACCGCUUGGGCUCUCUACUCAGUAGCAAUACACUGUACAAUGUUUAUCGAGGAAAUCUCACUCAGAUAAACCCGUCGGACAUCUAUGGAUUACCGGAAAACGAUCCCAAUGUACAGCCUUCUUCACGUACAAUAGUGGAACGGGGAGUAUACGGCUAUGAGCUAACUAUGAAGAAUUUAGGAGUUUAGUUUUUUGUUUUUCACCUUCUACCGUUUUGGUGUUCGUGCGUUUCUCUGUGGCGGGUGAUUUUUCACUGCGUGAGGUGUGUUGGGAAGGGAUAAUUGAGAGAAGUCCCUGCGCUAUGAGCAAGUUUUGCGGAUUUAAAUAUAAAGGAAUAAAGUGAAGAAACGCGUUUGAAAUGUAUAGCUUCCCUACUCUUCCCUAUCUAUAUGAAGGGUGAAAACCUUAUUUUCAGUUGUUAUAUCUGAAGGCGUAAAACAAGCAGCAGCACUACACAUUCUAUGGGGAGCUUUUUUUCUUGACAUCUCAGCGCCUUAUUAUUACUUUAAGUACGAACAAAUGAUAUAAAUAGGAGCGAUAUGCUUA